CUGGUGCUGAAUGGUUUCUGGGUGAGGAUGCUCCUCAGAGUCUUCUCAUCUCAUCUUCUGCGAGUCUAGCUCAGCCAGCAGCAUCAAAGAGCAGCUACUGCGCAGCUACUGGCAAUUAGGUCUGUGGCAUCUCGGGGGAGCUACGUCCGCAACUGAAGGUUAAACACAAAGGAGACACAUUCCAGCAGCAGGGUGAAAAGGAGAGGACAAGCAGGCAGCCUGAACUGGAUAUCAGGCACACAGAGGAAAGGAUUUGGAGCAGUCUUGAGCUAAAGGAGAGCACUGAAGUGACUGAUAUAUAUGCUUGGGAUAGCAGCAGGGGGGUUGAUAUGAUCCCUCAUGCAGAGGAGACAACAAGGGGGCUACAGAUUUAUCGAUGACUUGGGGCUUGUGUUUGUCCCUGUGCCAGAACUAGCCACUGUUGACAUUACUGUCAAGCGGAGCCAGAGCCAGGAUGCCUUCGUGUGAAGAAACGGGCAGUGGUCUGCCACUUUAACCCUGAAAGCCACUGAGUCCACCGAGGCUGAAGAGGAAGGAGAGGGAGUGGAGCUGGCUGCCCGGCUACAUACGUGUCUGACUGCUCCAACGUAUAGCCUGCCUCGCUCUUAAUGCCUGGACUUUGUGACUUCAAGACAACACUGGAAGAAGACCUCUUCAACAUGAAUACAGACAGCGGAGGACGAGCUCGUAAGAGCAGCACGCUCUCACUCACUCUAACCCCAAUGAAGAGAGUGCAGAGUUCCCCAAACCUGUAUGGGCUCCCAGGCACCGAAUCUCCCUCAACAGAUUCAGAUGUGUGGCGGUCCUAUAGUGCUGGGGAUGCUCUAAGAAAUGGUGAGGCGGCCACUUCCUCUUUGGCGGCCAAAGGAUUCAGGAGUGUCAGGCCCAACCUGCAAGAUAAGAAAUCUCCCACAACGCGUGAGGCUCCACUGUCCUAUCCGGGACCACCACCACCAUCACACUCCCCCAUUUACAGGCCCCGUCUCUCCCUUGACAACACCUGCUCUAGGGACUCUGAAAUCCAGCCCCAGGCCCUUUCCCCUGGGCCUCCCUCUCCGAGCCAGGAGCCGCAACUGGGGCUGAGUCGCUGCUCCUCCCGAACUCAGAGCGAGGCUUCCACAGCCGUGCUGGAGGAGCUAAGGGCAUGUGGACUAGACCCAGAGGGCGGUUCUGACACCCCCUCACCCACCCUCAGCCAGCUCAGCACUGUCACUGAUGAAACAGCGCUAAAUGCCCCUGCAGCUAGUACCGCUAAUGGGCAGAUGACUGUGAAUGGGAACAUAGGUGUGGCUUCAAGCCUAAAGAGUCACCAUCAAAGACCCUUCUCUCCUUCCACGUACCCCCCUCUUCCGUCUCUCAGCCCAAGCCUCUCAGCCAUGCAGCAGAGCCGGAGCACUGCUGCUGAGUCCAGCACUCCGAUCUAUGUCAACGUGGGCUCUGUGGCUCCUGUCCGUGCUCCAGAGGACGAAAGGAGAGGUACAGUGGGCAGAGCUCCCCACUACUCUGGUAUUGGCCCUGUGGAUGAGUCUGGCAUACCCAUCGCCAUCCGAACGACUGUGGAUAGGCCAAAAGACUGGUACAAGACUAUGUUCAAGCAGAUUCAUGUGGUGCAUAAACCAGAGGUUGAAUAUUCUGGUUCCCAUAACGCCACUUUUCCUGCUACGAACGCUGAGAAGCGUGGCCCAUCUAAUACUGUCCAAGCACACCCUGCACCUAAGAGCAUUACAUACAGACCCAUCACCAAGAGCAUCUCUGAUAACGGCACAUGUGGCUUCAGAGCGCCCUCCUCCUCUCCCCUGCCCACCUCAUCAUCAGCUCAGCCCAGAUCACAUGACCAGGACAUCCGCCAGGGAGGAAGCAGCACACUCAAUAUGAAUGAAUGGGGUCCUCCAGAAAGAAAAGUGGACACUCGAAAAUACAGAGCAGAGCCCAGGAGUAUCUUUGACUAUGAGCCAGGGAAAUCUUCCAUUCUAGAGCAGGAGAGGGCGAAGAGUAACUUAAACCCAGAUGAGCUAGAUUUAGAGAAUGAGCCCUGGUAUAAGUUCUUUGCUGAGUUGGAGUUUGGUCGGCCGCCUCCUAAAAAACACCUGGAUUACAAUCCAGAGAGCACUCUCCGAAACUACCAUGAGACCUCCCUUUAUCAGCCGUCUGCAGACAGAAGCCUCGAACGGCCCUCGAGCUCUGCCAGUGAUAAUAGAAAGAGACGGAAGUCAGAACCUGCAACUACCCAGUCCAGGCCACAGAGCAGUCUGAGUUCUACCCAGAGUAUAGCGAGAGCAACCGAGGCUCCUGCCGCUCGUCUGUCAGAGCCACCCAGGAGCAGCAUCACCCAGAAGAAGCCUCUCUCCAGCACCCCCUCCAUUUCCUCCUCCCUGUCCAGGUCAAAAGAUCAAGACAUAUCCAGAGGUUAUUCGUACCCUGAUGUGGGCCAACACACUCCACAGACCAGGAGACCUACACCUGAAGUCAGAGAGAAACUGCCAGCCAGAGCAAUCUAUGAUUUCAAGGCACUGACAGCAAAAGAACUGUCAUUCAAGAAGGGGGAGACUGUAUACAUCACACGACAGAUAGAUAAUAACUGGUAUGAAGGAGAGCACCAUGGGAAAGUGGGCAUCUUUCCCAUCUCUUAUGUGGAGAAAAUCCCUCUGUCAGAAAGAAAUCAGCCUGUGAGGCCUCCUCCUCCAGCCCAGAGCAGAGAGAUUGGGGAAGCUGUGGCACGCUAUAACUUCAGCGCUGACACCAAUGUAGAGCUUUCAUUAAGAAAGGGUGAGCACGUUAUACUGCUGCGACAGGUGGACCAGAACUGGUUCGAGGGCAGGAUCCCAGAGACAAACAAACAGGGCAUCUUUCCAGUGUCUUACGUGGACGUCAUCAAGAAAUCCCCUGUAAAAAGUCCUGGCCAGCCUCCUGGAGGCUCUCUCCCCCGUAGUGUCUCCAGUGACCGAGUGCAUGGCAGGCCAUCAUCUUCACGCCCCACACCCAGCUCCCCCUUCUCCUCCUCCACUCCCCACCAGCACCCCUCGCUCUCCCCCAGCACCCAGAGAGCAGCUCACCUGCAGGCUGUGACGGGCGAGUGGCUCACCCUCACUCUGGGCUUGUCUCCCUCUGCCACACCUGCCCCGACGCCCCCUCCUUUACCCUCCAGCUUCCAGCACAAUAACGAGAGGCUGGACCCACUGAUCUUUGGCCAUUCGCCGGCCCUCACACCCCGCAACCUCACCCCAGCACUCAAAGAUGGUCACUUCAUUCCUAUCAGCUCCCCCAAGUCCUACAUAUCCCCCGACCCCAGCCCUUCCCCCCAGCCUUACCUAACCUAUGCCUCCUUCACACCUUCUCCCAUCUCCCCCACCUUCAGCUCCAGCCCCAGGCCCGACAGUGUCAUAGAGGUACCAAUAGGUCAGAGGCUUAUAAGCUCACUCGAAAAAGAGCAGCCUUUCUCAGAUAUCAAAGAUAGCCGUGGCUCUGCCAAGUCAGACCCACCCAAAUCUUGCAGCCCAGUUGACCUGGUUGUUUAUGAACCCCAAGAACACCCCUUGUCCAGUCAGUACACGCUGUCCUCCAGAGAAGCUGAGGAUGAUGUGUGUGAAGAGCUGGUGUCCAUCAUCCAAGCCAGCCAAUCAAAGAGCCCCACUGUGGAAGAGGCGAGUUGUUAUAGGCCAGCACCAACUACUGUGACAGAGGAGCUACCCAGAUUGUUCAUAGAGGAGGAGCCGAGCGAAGCCAGCAGGGCUUACUCAGAGCCCCAGCUACCAAACACCUUUACCCCAGUCUGCCCAGUCCGUGAUGAGUUGUCAGAACUUCAGCAGGCAGACGUUACCCAGAGUGCUUCUCUGCAUCCCUCUCCCCCUUCCUCUCAGACCUCCACAUCACCCCCCGCCUCGCCCAAAUUCUCCCCCCCUUCCCCACGCUCAACCCCACCACUCCCCACAGUAUCCCACUCCCCUCCUCCUUCCUCCAAACAGCUACGUUCCCCCAAAGUCAAGCCUGUGUUAAGGCGUGAUGUUGUGAUUGUUGGUAAGCCCCCUCGUAGCCCUGUGAUGUCUAGGAGGUCCUGCGGAUCGCCUGUUAGAGGGCAAAACUAUUCGCCAUCUCAUAGGUCUCAGCGGCCAGCAUAUGUACAAGAUCCUCUGCAAAGUGGUGAACCGUUUCAGGCUGUGUACAAUUACAUGCCACGCAAUGAAGAUGAGCUGGAACUGAAGGAAGGAGAUAUCGUUGAUGUGAUGGAGAAAUGUGAUGAUGGUUGGUUUGUGGGAACGUCCAGACGGAGCAAGUUUUUUGGAACCUUCCCUGGAAACUAUGUGAAGAGGAUAUGACAUGGAACACUCUGUAUUCCUCUGCAGACCCUAAAACCACAGAGAAUAGAUUGAAAUUGUCACCUUUCUGUCUGCUGAGACAAACCCUCCCUCAUACUCCAGCCAACACAACACUGCAUUACACAUGGAAACCAGACUGGAGUGGAUUACUACACCAAGCACAUUGGAUUGUUGGAGAACUUGGAGCACUCAAUUCUGAAGCAAUUACAUAAACACAGAACUGCAAAGACUUUAAGAGAUGGCUUUUUUUGGUUGCCUACAUUUUUAACAUUGUUUUUCAUUGAAUAAAAUCUGUAUGUCUGCCUUUUAGUAAAAGCUGAUGAAUUUCAAAGUGAAGAAGUAACCAAGUGCCCUAUUUAUCUUUUAUUUAUUGAGAGGCAUAUAUAUUUUUUCUUGUUUGGGGUACAUUGGAAGGGUGUGGUACCGUGUUCUGUUGUUUUCGGAAAAAGGACAUGCCCCUGCUAACCUGGACCUGAUGCCUGAUCUAAUCUAGAUCUAGAUUUAACAGUAUUGCAGUGUCAUGCCGAGUAGGAUGGUUUGAGAUGACCACUCCUACUUGCACCAUGCACUUCCUCAUACUAUAAGAUUCAGAUUAAACGUUUUGAUUUUCUAUGGUUCUAUUUUCUGUCCCUCCAGACAUUCCUAUAAGAAUCUGAUGGAUUUUACAGAGGAAAAUGUUUAUGGUAUUUUUUAGGUCAAAAGAAGUAAUAUUUUAUACAAUGCAAUAGUCCUUAACGUCCAUUUUAGACAAUGACUGGGGGGAAUGGAUACAAUUAUAAAUUCAUUGAAACACAAUAAUGUCUACUGCCUAUGACUGAGUUUAUGCCGAAUGAUCUUGCACACUGUACUCUCUUAUUUUUGAGUCAAAAAAGCAGCAUAAGUCAUCAUAAUGUAUCUUGCAAGUGAUGUGGCCCAUUAUGUAUGAAUUUCAUUUGAGUGAACAAGUGUACUUUUUUUAAAUAAUCUAUUUUGUUUGAUUGGUCAGAAGUUUUAUUUUCAUUCAAAAUUAUAUACAUAAUAUAUUCUGUUCAUUUGUAUCUUCUAAAUGUAUUUUGUGUCCAGAAUUUCUUGGCUAUUAAACCUGUUGAUUAUCAUGUUUAUUUGUACAAUUUCAAAUAUGCAAAAUUCACAUAGACUGAAUAACAAGUAGUUUGAUUCCAGAUCAGUGUGGCAAAGGUCAUCUGCAGUAAUGUGAUGAGUGUUAUUUGUAUUUGAGGCAUUAUAAAGCUUCAUGGUCUUUUGCAGACUCCUCUGUAUUGUCAUACUGUUCGGGCUACCAGAUUGUAUCAAUAUCUUUAAUUACAUUUGCACAUUACUUCAUAAAUAAUCAAAGCAAAAUGACUCUCAUUCACCAUCAGAUUUCAUGUACAAGUUUUAGUUCAGUGACCACUGCCAUGAUAACACAACAAUGCUUUACUGUGGAGAUGAAGAUAAAGUUAGCACUGAGCAAUAGAUGAAAAAUCAUUGACCUCAAUUGGUAUUGCAAUCACCCACUUCCACCACAGUGGUUUGCGUUUGUGGUCUUGGUUAUUUGAGCACUGUCUAUGCUUGAUUAAACUAGGCCCCUAGUCUUCCAUCCUUAAGCACCAUGUCAAGUAAGAGGUGUAACUUGUGGUAAUAGGGUGCACCUGGUGCAGAAUCUUACCAAAUAUCCUUUAUGCAAUUCAGUGUACAAUGUAAUCUAACGCUUAACUAAAAUCAAGUGUGAAAUGUCUGUAAUAGCUGUGUAAGAGGCUAAAAUGUAUGGGAGAGUUCUUUGUGUUAUGGUAACUUUACAUUUAGACAGCGGAAAGCAGCACUUUUGGCUUUCAUACAAACCUUGGUUACCAUGUUGGUCUCAACAACUGAUCAGUGGUGUUGUUUUGCAUUGUUAUAUCAUGAUUGGCUAAAAAUAGCUGGUUUAAAAUCAGUGGUGGUGGAUGGAUAGUACCGCCCUACAGUGUUGAAUCACGUAUUUGGACACUAUAGCUACUGAGGUUAUACUCUCCACCAUAUAUGACUCUUUCCAAUGUCUUCCCCUUUGUGUACAGCGCAUGGACUUCUACCGGGAGAACAUCUCUUAGGAACAGUGAAAGCAAUCUAUUACAUGUCAAGGCCAAUGUUUAUUUUUGUAUUUCUUUCUCUUUUUCUCUCUGUGAAACAGUAUAUUAAUAAAUAGAGUCUGACCUAA